CACAGUAAAAAGGGUAAAAAGGCAAAGAUUAAACUCCUCAUUCACCUCCAUGAUCUAAUACAUAUCUGUCGAAUAAUGCCAAAACGAUGUUUUAAUUCUACUGUGAUAAAUAAAAAAUUCAAAAAUAAUAAAAAAAUAAUAACUACGAAAAGAGCACGUUUGCAAGUUGACUAUAACCUUGAAAUCAACUUAUGCAAUAUGGCACAAGGAUGUAUUGAAAAAACAACUAAGCAUGACAUUAUUGAUAAUAAGUUUGUAGAUAUUAAAGUUGACUAUUUAGAUACGCCUGUUAAGUCAGAAAAUGAUAAGAAAGAUUAUAAGGUUAUCAAAUUACCGAAUGGAUUGACAGCAUUAUUAAUUGCUGACUUGCAUGAUGACAAUAAAUCAAUUAAUUGUCAUCAAGGUGAUUCAUUACAAAGUGAAGAUGACGAGAGUGAAUCAGAUAACUCAGAUGAUGAUGUUGAUUCCGGUGACAGUGGUGAUAGUGAGGAAGUAGAUGGGAUUGAUAAUGGUGACGAUUGCCAAAAACGAAAAUCAUCAAAUGUAGAAGAAAAAAUGGCAGCUUGUGGUCUUUGUGUUGGUGUUGGUAGUUUUUCUGACCCACCGGAGAUACCAGGAAUGGCUCAUUUCCUUGAGCACAUGGUAUUUAUGGGCUCAACCAAGUAUCCACUCGAAAAUGAUUUUGAUGUAUUUAUAAAAAAACACGGUGGCUCAAACAAUGCAUCAACGGAAUGUGAACAAACAACGUUUUAUUUUGAAAUUAAUGAAAAAUAUUUACUUCCAGCACUUGAUAGAUUUGCUCAAUUUUUUGUAAGUCCAUUGAUGCUGAGAGAUGCAAUAACUCGAGAACGAGAAGCUGUGGAGAGUGAAUUUCAAAUGGCACUUCCAUUAGAUUCGUACAGGAAAGAGCAACUCUUUUGCAGCUUUGCUGAGCAUGAUCAUCCAUCAAGAAAAUUUACUUGGGGGAAUCUAGUUACUCUAAAAGACAAUGUUACCGAAGAUAAGCUUUACGAAACAUUGCACGAAUUUCGAGAACGUCACUAUUCAGCACAUCGCAUGACAGUGACAAUCCAGGCAAGAUUACCACUAGACACAUUGGAAGAUUAUGUUAAAAAAUGUUUUGCAAAUGUACCAUGUAAUAAUCUUCCUUCAGAUGAUUUCAGUAAAUUCAUGGGUGCCGAGUCAUUUGAUACACCGUCGUUCAAGCGAAUCUAUAAAAUAAAACCCAGUAAAGAUGUUUGUCAGAUUGAAUUGACAUGGGCAAUGCCAACGUUGCAACAUUUGUAUAAAUCAAAGCCACAUCAAUAUGUUUCUUGGAUAAUUGGUCAUGAAGGUAAAGGUUCGUUAAUAUCUUACCUGAGAAAAAAAAUGUGGUGUCUUGACAUAUUUUCUGGCAACGGUGAAUCUGGAUUUGAGCAUAGUUCAAUGUAUGCUCUUUUCAGCAUUUCCCUUGUUCUCACUGAUCUUGGACACGUUCACAUCAAGGAUGUUCUUAAUGCUGUUUUUUCUUAUAUCAAUAUGCUCAAGAAAAUAGGACCAAAAAAACGCAUUUACGAUGAAAUUUGUAAAAUUGAGGAAACUAAUUUUCGAUUUGCUGAUGAUGAAGCACCUUGUGACUAUGUUGAACAAAUGUGUGAAAGUAUGCAAUUUUAUCCGCCAAUAGAUUAUAUUACUGGUUCAGAGCUUUACUUUGAGUAUGAUCCAGUAUCAAUUGUUCUUUGUAUCGAAGCCCUGAAUGCUGACAAUGUCAACAUCAUUAUUUUUAACAAGAAAUUUGAUGAUGAUAAUUUUGAAAAAAUUGAACCGUGGUUUAGGACAAAAUACACUGACACUAAAAUUCCUGAAGAUUGGAUAAACAAUUGGAAAACAAUUGAACCAUUACCCAGCUUUCAUCUGCCAGAACCAAAUAAAUUUGUUACUGAUGAUUUUACGUUAAUUCCAAUUGAAAAUCAAGAAUAUCCAAAAAAAAUUCACCAAGAUAAUCUCUCGGAAAUUUGGUAUAAGCCAGACGCAAAAUUUCGCCUUCCUGAGUGUUACAUUAAUUAUUUACUAAUAUCACCAUUAAUACAUAAUUCACCCGAAGGUUCAGUAAUAGUUGAUCUGAUGGUUUCAAUAUUAAAACAACAAUUGGUAGAAGAGCUGUAUCCAGCAACAGCAGCUGAGUUGAAUUACGAUAUUCAAGCUCAUGAAAGAGGCAUGAUCAUUAAAGUUUGGGGAUUUAAUCAAAAACUUCCUCUUGUUCUUCAGACAAUUGCCAAAUACAUUUCAGAACUUUCUGUAUUAGUUCGUGAAGAUUUAUUUGAGGUUAUGAAAAAACAACAGAUUAAAUCAUAUUACAAUAUGUUUUUGAAACCUUCAAAAUUGAAUAAUGAAGUUAGAUUAUCAAUAUUGACGAUUCCACACUGGACAUCAAUUGAUAAACACACUGCAGCAGCAAGUAUAUUUUUUGAUAAGUUUAAAAUUCUUUCAAAAAAAUUUAUGGACAGUAUUUAUAUCAAAUGCCUUGCACAAGGUAAUAUGCCAAAAGCUGAUGUGAUCGCACAUUCAUUGAAAGUUUUUAAGAGACUUAGUUGCAAAGCUUUACUGCCUGGAAUUGUACCAACAAUACGAGUAUAUGAAAUACCAAAAGGAAUCAAGUGUUGUCGAAUUAAAAAUUUUAAUCCAAUUGACACCAACUCAGUUGUGACGAAUUACUAUCAAUCAAAAUCUACAAUGCAGCUGUCUGUAAUUAUUGAAAUGAUAAUAAUGAUCAUGGAAGAGCCAUUGUUCAAUCAACUCAGAACUUUGGAGCAAUUAGGCUACAAUGUAUCCUGCCGAUUCAGGGACACAUAUGGUGUUAUGGGAUUCUCGGUGACGGUUUGCACCCAGGCAUCUAAAUUCAGCGUCGAGCAUAUUGACAACAGGAUUGAAGAGUUCUUAAAAACAUUUGAUGAUUCAUUGGGCAAAAUGGACGAGGAUGAGUUGAAAGAGUUUAAGGAUUCUCUACUUUAUAUCAAGCAGUGUGCUGACAAUCAUUUGAAGGAAGAGCUUGACAGAAAUUGGUCAGAAAUCACAUCAGGUGAUUAUAUAUUUGAUCGGCUACCCAAAGAAGUUGAAGCAAUAAGCAAACUUCAAAUUCUUGAAAUUCAAGAUUGGCUAAAAAAACACAGAGUUGGAGGCGAAAAUUUUUGCAAAUUGACGGUACAAAUUGUUGGCAAUGACAAAAAUGAAUCUGAUGAGCAAAUACAGAAAGUAAACGAUAAAGAAAAUAUAUCUCAAUAUUCAUUGCAAUAUGUUCAUAUUUUAGAGAAUAAAAGCAAAAAUUAUUGCAUCAACGAUAUUGAUAGUUUUAAAAAAACACUUGUCGUAUUACCUCUUCAAAACAUAAAUUCAUGAUAAAAUUAGAAUUAAAAAAAACAAAUAAAUACUAUUAUCAAGUUGAUCAUUUUUGAACGAAUUUUUAUCUACAUAAUAUAAGUUUUGUAUAAAUACAAAAAGGAUAGAAUAUGUUUAAUAAAUUCAUUUUGAAUACUUAAUAUGUUUUUUGUUCUCACUUUAUUUAUUAUUAUUAUUAUUAAUUUAUUUUUAUUUUCCCAAAAAUUUAUUCAAGUUUACGAAGAUGAAUUUUUUUUCAACUACUUCGAUAGUUGUGGUUUUUUUUUUUUUGAAAUACUGCUUACGUGCACACAUACAUUCUAUGACACAAACAAAAAAGCAUUACAACAAUGUAAAUGUAUUCAAUUAAACAAUAUCUAGAUGCGAUUUAUCCUUAUUUAAUAUUUUAUUUUUUUUCGAAAAAUUACAUUCACAAUUGAUGUUUUUUAAUAAAAUCAAUAAUUUUCUGGGUGACUGUACUAAUUUUAAUCAAUUACCGUACGACGAAUGACGGCAACUGCGUACAUCAAAGGGGGUUGAGGCACAUUGACUACUCUCGGCGUUGCUCUUUUGCCUCUACGGCUAAAUGUGCAAGCCUCAUUUCACGACGUUUUUUGUCCCAUUGACUCGAGUCUUCUUGCCCAUUCCCAAUAUAUGUACAUAGUGAACUCUCCUGGUGUCUAGCCUUCUUGGUUUAAAAAAAGAAAAUUUAAAAAAAACUGCACCGCAAAAAGUAUGGUGUAUUUCGCAUUUAUGAGAUUGAAAAAAAAAAAAGGGAAAUUUAAAAUUAUAUUUUAGAUGGAAACAGUUAAACACGAGAAUACAUCGGACGUACCUAUAAAUAAUUAAAUAUUUUUAUUUAUUGUUUAAAAAAAAAAACAUUGUAAGAUUAUUUUUUCUUGUCUUUUACGUACUAUUUCAUUAAUGUUAUUAUAUUAGGACCCACUUAUGUUUUAUCUACAUCAAUAGCAUUGGUUUUCAUUUUUUUAUUUUUUUUUAUUUUUUGUAUUUUUAAUUUUUUUUUAUGACAUUCUAACAAUUUUCGUUUCUUUUUUUUCUU